UCCGUCGCCACCUGACCAACCAAAUCACUCACCAUUCACCUAGUUCAUCGGUUGGUGAAAGGAUUUCAGGUCCACCGCCGCGCUGCGGUUACAUACGUUACGUGGCCCCGCGCCCAGCCGACACCAGCAACAUCCGUCGCCAACCAACGCACGCCCUCUUCCGAUCUUCGCUUCUUACUCUUCUUCUUCCUUGAGCUCGCCUUCUUCCUCUACCUUGUUCUCUCCUCAGACGGGUGCACCCCAGCAGCAACAGCAACGAAUCCAUCCAUCUUGCUAGCUUGCUACUUGUUGGCCUUGCUCGGUCCCGCUCCCUUUGGUCGUCGACGGCCGCCGCUAGCUGCGGCGACGACUGUCCGUCCAGGUGCUCUAUCUCGGCAGCCCGGCCGUCGUCCGACGUCUGCCGGGGUGAUCGUCUGAUCGAUGGAGUACGUGGCAGUGCGGGCUCCGGUUCCGAUGAGCCGUAGGACUCGCCAUGCUCACCAGCUCGCCGCCGACCCUACCCUUCCUCCUCCUUCUCCGGUGAGUGCACAGCGCUGCUAGAAUCAAUGCGCUCCGCUGCCAUGCCGAUCAGCCCCCGGCCCAUACACGGCAAAGGAGUACAGUAGCUUACUACGGGCCAGCCUGACUUUAUGACCAUGGCCCGGUCCAGUCACGUACUUGCUGCUGCUGCUGACGACGAUGGUUCAGUUGCAGACGACGACGACACGCAACGGCGGGCAACAGCACGACCACAGACGCAUGGAUCUCGAGCACGAGAUGGCGGAGCUGAAGCAACAGCUGAGCAGCGAGGCGACGGUGCACCACAUCCUGGAGAGCGCACUGCGUCCAAACACCACCUCCACCUCCGCCUCCGCGCGCUCCGUCCUCCUCAACAUCCCGGCCUUCAUCCCGGCCAAGGCCAAGCAGCUGCUGGCGGAGCUCGUGGUCGUCGAGGAAGAGAUCGCGCGGCUCGAGUCGCAGAUCCACGACAUGAGGGGCGGCCUAGUCACCACCGCGCAGCGGCAACGGGCGUCCAUGGCGACCGCCGCCUAUGCCUCCUCCUACUCGCCAAGUGUCUACACCAGCAACGGCAAUGGCAAUGGCGCGGCGGCACACGCGGCAUCGGCUCGUCUGCCGGCUGAUCAGCUCGCGCCGGAGAUCAAGUCCAUGUUUUUCAUCAGCCAGGCCAUGAACGCCGAGUACCUCCAGCGUCAUCUGCCCGCCGACGACACGCCGGAAAGGAGCCCCAGAGACCACACCAGAGGACCAGGAGCCACCGCCAUCAGCCCAAAGUUCAACGAAAAAAUCUUUGGCCUCCCGCCAAGGAAUUCGCAUGACAAGAAGCAAUCGAAUGACGCGGACGAAAAACCUCCGAGGGCCUCCCAAGAACCGUCACCGCCACCGGCGACGGCGAAGAGGGACGAGCAGAGCAAGGUCCAGCCGAACAAGCUGUCGGAGAGGAUCGUGAAAUGCCUGGCGGUGAUCUUCAUCAGGCUGCUCCGGUCGUCGCGGGCGGCGGAGAUGGACAAGUCCGGCAGCCUCGCCAGGUCCGGGAACCUGCUGCAGGGGAGCUUCAGGAUCGACGCGGCGCUGAACGUGGCGGCGAGCGUCGCCAAAGAGAAGGAGAGGGGGCAGCAGGAUCACUACGGCAUUUUUGAGAUACAGGACUCCAUGGUCAGAGACAUCGGCCCUUACAAGAAUCUCGUCAGGUUCACCUCCAGCGCCUUCGACCUCCGAGGGUUCUCCACCUCCCCUCUGCUCACCAAGUUGAGGGAGAUGCUGGAGACCUUGCAGCAGGUGGAUUUAAGGUUUCUCACACACCAGCAGAAGCUAGCAUUCUGGCUGAACAUAUACAACACAUGCAUCAUGCACGGGAUUCUGCAGCAUGGUUUGCCCUCAAACUCUGAAAAGCUGCUAGCACUGAAGAACCAGGCAACGAUCAAUGUUUCAGGGCAAGAGUUCAAUGCUCUGGUAAUAGAGAAUUUCAUCUUGAGACAGCCAUCCAGUGUGAAAGAAGUGAGCAGUUUGGAAUUCUGGAAAUGCGACGUCGAUGUCAAAGAACAACAAGUGAGGAGUCUCUACGGAUUGAAUAGUUCAGAGCCCAACAUUCUGUUCGCGAUGUGUUGUGGCAUCAGAUCCUCUCCAGCACUCCGGAUAUACAAAGCGGACCGCGUGAUGGCGGAACUGGAGAAGGCCAAGCUGGACUACCUGCAGGCGUCGCUGGUGGUGAUCUCGACGAAGAGGCUGAUGAUCCCAAGCCUGAUACACUCUAACAUGCAUGACUUUGCCAAGGAUAUGGAGUCCCUGCUAAGGUGGAUCUGUGACCAGCUCCCCACAUCUUGGUCACUCAGAAAAUCCAUGGUGGACUGCUUGAGGGGGCAUCUCAAGGUCGAAGACGUCGUGGAGGUGAUCCCAUAUGACUAUGAGUUUCAGUAUCUUCUGCCCAAGUGAACACAUGCGCUAUUUGUUUUAAGUUGAGUGUACUACUACACAAACGGCGUACAUAUUUCCAUGUAUAUUGUUGUCUUAGAGGUAGGAAAUAGUUGUUUGAUAUGUGCAAUUCUUUUCAGUCAAAAGCUUAUUUCUUUGGGGGA